GAGCAGUGCGUGUAUGAAGUGGCAGUGGGGAAGAAAGUACCGUACGUGGUCUGAAAUUGAAAACUGAUUGAUUUUAACACUUUCAGAGUAUCCACCAUGUCGAUUAGUAGCCAAAUUGUUACAUGGGCUUUUGCCAAUCCAGUUCUGUUGGCAAUUUGCGUCAUUGGAGCUCUUUUGGCCAUGUUAGUGGCUCGACUAGCGUCAAAAUUAAAACCAGGUCCCAACCCCUUUGCUGAGGACUGUGCCCGCCCUCCCGCCCCGGUGGUUUCCGACAGCUCCGCUAGAGACAAAGUUAUCAAACAAGGGUUCACCCCUCAGAGGGUGCCUAAAGAUCUUGAUGCCAUAGUCAUAGGGAGUGGUAUCGGUGGUCUGUCCAUCGCAGGGAUCCUGUCUAAGGUUGGCAAGAAGGUCCUGGUCCUAGAACAACACGACCAGGCUGGCGGAUGCUGUCAUACCUUCACAGAGAAGGGAUAUGAAUUUGAUGUGGGUAUUCAUUACAUCGGUGAGAUGGCAAACAACACCAUCACCCGGAUCUACAUUGACCAACUGACCGAGGGCCAGCUCACAUGGGAUCCCAUCGACAAGAACUUUGACACGGUGGUCAUCGGCGAUGGCAAAAACAAGAAGUUCUUUCCGAUGCAAUCUGGGAGUAAGGAUUGGUUCCGUAAUUCUCUGACGUCAUUGUUCCCUGAGGAAGAGGCAGCCAUUGAUAAGUUCAUCUUUUAUAUGAAGGAACAGCGAAAACACAUGCAGACCGCUUUCUUGCUGAAGAUUCUACCAAUGAGCAUUUGUCAGCUGUUGAUAUCCACAGGAAUGAUCAGUGCAAUGACCAAGUACUUCAAGUAUGCUGAGAUCUCUCUCCAACGUUUCCUAGACAGUGUCACUGAGAACAAAGACCUGAAGGCUGUUCUCUCUUAUUGCUUUGGGGAUUAUGGUGAGACCAUACCGGAGGAUGCUAGUCUUAUGAUGCACACACUAUUGAUGAAUCAUUAUGUGUAUGGUGGCUUCUAUCCAAGGGGAGGGGCCAGUGAGAUCGCCUUCCAUAUCGUACCGGUCAUUGAGAAGUCUGGGGGUAAGGUCCUGGUCAGGGCUCCAGUAUCUGAGAUCCUCAUCGACAAGGAUGGUGCAGCAUGCGGUGUUCGUGUUGCCAGGACAACCGGGGAUGUUGACAUCCAUGCUCCUCUCAUUAUCUCAGAUGCUGGGCUCGUAAACACAUACCAGAAAUUGCUCCCUCUGGAGACUGUUAAAAAGCAUGACUUGAUGGACAAAUUCAAAGGAACCCGGACAGCCUUGGCUGGCUUCUCUGUCUUCGUGGGACUCAAAGGAACAACGGAAGAGCUCAAGCUACCAGCCAGGCAGUACUGGUCCUUCACUAACAAUGACCUGAACGGUAUCACCAAGACGUAUGCCAACCUGACGGCUGAAGAGGCCAUGAAUUCCCCUGUUCCGCUAAUCUUCAUCAGUUUCCCAUCGGCCAAGGAUUCUACAUGGGAUGAGAGGUACCCUGGAAAGUCUGCAUGCACGCUGGUAACCUUGGCUAACUGGGAAUGGUUUCAAGAAUGGGAGAAGACUCGGAUGCACCAUAGAGGCGCUGAUUACGAAGCCAUUAAGAAGGGUAUAGCUGAUAGGAUGUGGGAACGGGUCCUGGAUCUCUUCCCACAGCUCGAGGACAAGGUUGAUUACUUUGAAGCCGGGUCUCCUCUGUCCAACAAGUACUACCUAGCUGCCCCUGCCGGUGAGAUGUAUGGACUAGACCAUAACAAGGAGAGGUUCACUGCUGAGACCUGGACUAACCUUAGACCAGAGACUCCUAUUCCUAAUCUUUACCUUACUGGUCAAGAUAUCAUGACGUGUGGCUUUGCAGGAGCUCUGUAUGCGGGCUUGAUGUGUGGGACAAAGCUACUGAAUCGAAACCUGAUUGGUGAUCUAGUCUCACUCAAAGCCAAGAAGAAGAAAGCAAAGUAAUCGUAACAAAGGCAAAGGUUUGUACAUCUACUAAGUCAAACCACACACUUUAAAGGGUAAAUGAAAGUAGUUGAAUUAAAAACUGAUUUCAUCAGAACGUCUGUAAAACCAAGGUUAAUUGUCCCUAUGUCAUGCCAGAUCUUUGUUCUCCUGUUUUAAUGGUAACAAAAGGAAUCUAUGUUUCCUUCAUCAAUUUAACUUUAAUAUUUAUGAGUACCAAAAUUUUUGAUAAAACUAAUUGCAGGCUUGUUUCACACAUGGCUUUCCAUAGUUUGACCACAAAUUCAACAAUAUACAUCAAGGAAGCCUGUCAUGAAAUAAAUCUUGAUAUUUACACUUUUUUAUAAGCUACUAAAAUACUUGCACCUGAUUGGCUUAAAGCAGUGCAAAAUCAUUGUUCAUGAACUGUUCCUCAUAUUUUCAAGACAGGCCAAUAUCUCUGAUGCCUUGCAUUAUCAAAGACUGCACCCUCUUUCAUGAAACUUGCUAUCAAUAAAGAAUUAUAAACUGUUAUUAGACAGUGAUAUCAUAGCAUUUGAAUAGCUGAGAGUGAAUUUGUCAUAUAAAUUUCAAGCAUGGUGAAACGAGGUCUGGAUGUGUAAGAGGAUCAAGUCAUUCAGGGUUUUUUUUAUAGAGAAAAAUCUUAUUUAGAAUUGGGGAAAAAAAUCAAUGAUAUUUGAUGUGCCAAUUAAUAAAUCACUAAUGACAAAUGCAUAGUUUGUCUUGUAAAUUCCAAUAUUUUUUCUUCUGUAUUAUAUGUAAAUUUAUUGAAUAAAUUUUCCUCAUAGGACAAAUUGUAUAGAUUUUCACUUAAAAGAAAAGUAUCAUUUUCCAAUCAUUUUUUUAAGCACUUGAAAUGUCAUCAGAAAUUCUCGGAAGUAUUAUUUAGAAGAUAAAGUAAAUACAACUUCCAAUAACCAUUUUACUAUUUUCAAAUGAAAGUUGAUAAAUGUUCUGAAUUACCUAGAUACUGUAUUUUAAUGUACAGUGUAUAUAAACGUCAUGACUUUAGAUUCAUGGAGAUGUUAUGAAAUUUUAUUUGCAGUUUUGAUACAAGAAAGUAAUAUUGAAUUUGGAACUAUUUUAUCUAUUUACCAUGAUAGUUUUAGUGACAUGUACAGUAUUUCUUAAUUGAGCUACCUCUGAUUGAUUUUAUAAAUGAUAACUUUAAGCUCUUGGAGAUAUUCAACUGAAAGACCCUAAUUUUAUCUAGUUUUUUAUUUCACCAAGUGAUGUAGUCCUGAAAAGGACUGUUGGGUAAUCUUUAGGAUAAUAGAUCUUAAAAGAACUGGUGGUCUUGACGUUUCAAGCUGGUUGAUUUGUGUAUUCAGGUUGUAGAUGCUUAAACGUCAUGGGAGAAAUUAUGACCAAGUAGGCAUUAUCUCAGUGUGUAGCAUGCCUACCAGUAGACUUCUUAAUAGGGGAAGUGUUACCAUUAUUGUGACAUCAUAGAUAAAUAAUGUUUUAAUUAAUAAUUGACCACUUUUCUUUUGAAGUUCUGGCCAUCCUAUCUAACCUAAAAUCUUUCAAUUAUUGUUGAAUUAGCAGCUGAGUCAGCUAUUGUGAUUUUGUAGAUAUUUAAUCAAUAACUGACUUGCAAUUCUUGCUAUCGACAAUAACCACAAGUUCCUGGAUGUAGAUCAUGUCUAUGUGUGACCAAUGGAGAGUUUUAGGAGCAGUGAACGUGAACGACGAAGCAGUCGUCUGAUCCUUUGAGUCAACGUCGUUGUCUGCCCUUGUUCACUACAAUUUCGAAUACUUUAGAUUUCACUCGACUUGUACGUGUAGGUACAUCCACAGCGUGAUAACCAGCGGGUCAUGACACGCUGCCUGACUCGGAAGAUCUGACGUACCAUCGCCUGGCGACCCAGUCGGGUGAUGCGAAGGUGCAACUUGUGCACACGUGCUCUUUACUUGCUUUGUUUUCUUUUUUACUCGAGUUAGGAUGUAUAUCGAUAUAGAUUUUGGAGGUCAGAAAGCAAUUCGAAAUAUGAUAAACAUUGUGCAUCUUACAACUUACAUUAAUUUUGUGAAAAGUCACUGAAAACUGUGUUUUAAAAGGAAAAGGAUGAUCUUCAUGCUGGGCUUAAAUGGUCAAAAUGACGUCACCCACGUACACGUCCACUAUGAUUUAGGAGAACCGCAAAAUGGAUGUGGCGAGGUUCUCGAUUCUGAUAGUGGACGUGUGAGGACCUGAGGCAUAUGGCAGGCCAAAAAAUGACAUCAUCUUGUACCAGUCCACUAUGUGGACGUACAUUUCUAAAAGUGCUCACUGUAUCUUAGAGUAGCUUGGAGGUAAGAAUAGUAUACAGCAAGAGGGAAAACACAAGUAGCAAAAUGUAAGAAGAGAUUGAAAUCACAGAGCAAAAGCAGAUGCGAAUAGACCAGACUGGGAUAGAUUAGCACUAGCUAGAGUGCGAGUAGACGGAAGUUAUCGGAUAGCAUAUCACUGAACAAGCAGUAUAAUUUCUAGUUCAGCUAGUGCACAGUGUGUAUGGCAAAUUCACUCUGUGCACUACAUUCAGGAACUUUUGUUGAUAGUGAGAAUUAUGACUGAAUUAGCAGCUGAGUCAAUGAUUUUUAUUUUAAAUCCUCGACAAAGUUAUAAACUAAAUUUAAUUAUACUUGUGCCAUAUUGGCCUUUUGAUAAUGAAAAGAAAAUAAAGUUUCAGUCGAUCUGAAAUAAAGAAAUCUAUAAUUUUUAAAUCCAUAAUUUAUUGUUCGAAAUAGACAUGAAAUGAAAUACUCAGAAAAUUUGCUUUGCCCAAUUGAUCGUGGGCCCGGCAGCCACUGUGCAGCACCAGAUCGACGAGGCUCUAUCCCUUUAAUCGUUGUACGCCAAACAGGGUAGCAGCAACUUCCAUCUUUUAACGUCUUUUGGUCUGACGCGGCCAGGGUUUGAACCACCGACCUCCUGGUUGUGAGACGGACACUCUACCAACUGAGCCAACUCACCGUCGGUUGUUUUAUACAUGUAUACAAUGAAACUUCUUCUUUUUUAUGAUAAAAUUUGUUAAUUUAGGGGCUUUUUUAAAUCUCAAAAGUCACUUUCUCUGUGUUAAAUUGCAUUUGAUGUAAGCAUGGAAAAUGUGUAGAAUUUAAAUGUAGGAUGAAAUCAUGUUUUUUUUUCUUUUAAAAUGUAUCUUAAAUUUGUUCAAUAAAUCGUGUUUGCUGCAUUCAAAUCUUCAGUGCCAUUGUCACCGAUUUUUAGGCUGUACAUGUAGCUAGUGAAUUACCUCAUGUGCAAUUUGGAUACACGUAUCACAGAUAUAUGAUAUUACCUAUUCACUUGCGUGCAUAAGAAUUUUCAUGUUGUAAUUAUGUAGUAAUUGUAAUGAACUGUUGAAUAUUUUUUAUUGUACAUUGGUACCUAAUAGUAUACAACUAAUGCACAUU